UCCAAUUAUUCUUCCUCGUCGUUUGACGCAUUCUCAAGCUGUCUUUUCGUCGCUCUUUACUACAUAGGCUGCGGAUACGCUCGGAAAUGUCUGUGUUGCCUACCGUCUCGCCCUCGCCUAUGUAUAAUGUUGGCUUCGAUUCUCGCGGUGCAGGAUCACUGUCAAGCCGAAUACCUGUCAUAUUCCGGAGGUUACUGAAAUUCUCGCAGAUGGACUUUGAACUAGCAGCAUGGCAGCUCACGUACCUGUGCAUUGCUCCCAAAAGAGUAUACCGAAACGUGUACUUCCACAAGCAAACUAAGAAUACUUGGGCAAGAGAUGACCCCGCGAUACUCAUUCUGCUAGGCGCAUGUCUCAUUGUAUCCGCCUUAGCGUGGUCAUUUGUGUAUCAGCUCAGCCCUCUUGAUGCCAUCAAGUUGGCAUUCCUGAUGAUUUUACGAGAUUACCUUCUCGUAGGCAUUCUCGUUGCAACGAUACUCUGGCUCUUUGCAAACAAUGUACUAGUGUCACCUCCGUCACAUUCAAGUCCUCAAGACUCUGUUGUCGAGUGGGCAUAUGCGUUCGAUGUUCAUACUAACGCGUUCUUCCCUCUAUAUCUGACGCUGUAUCUCGCUCAACUGUUCUUUGUGCCUGUCAUCAUGAAGAACAAUUGGAUCUGCUUAUUCUUAUCAAACACACUGUAUCUGGCAGCAUUCUCCCAGUAUAUUUACGGCCUAUAUCUCGGCCUUAAUGCCCUUCCGUUCCUUGUGCGGACGGAGCUGUUAUUGGCGCCGUUACUGCCUCUCUUCACUGGCUAUGUCAUCUCCUUGCUAGGAUUCAAUGUUGCCCAGCAUGUUUUACCAUUAUACUUUGGUUCAUGACCUCGUCCGCAACAUGUACAUCCUCGUAGAAUACAUCCCCGUUUCUUCCCAUAUUCUUAUUGUAUACACUGCGCUUUGUAGUCGCGAGACCCGAGUAGGGGUAUUACUGUAUUGUUGGAUGGCGCGUUUCUCCAAUGGAUUGAAACCCCGCCAAGGCGGCUGUUUGAUC